CGGCAGCGCGCGCAGUCCCACGCGGACCACGCGCCUCCGUCAAGCGUGGGAUCCGCGACGGCGGUAACGGGAGUAACGCUGGUAACAGCGGUAACAGCGGUAACAGCGGUAACAGCGGUAACGUAACGGUGUCACUGGCUACGAGGGAAGCGUCGCGACGCUAGAAAAGUCAGCCAUUUUACUGCGCCAUGCGUCGCGUUCCGUAAUACCGUGAGGAAAGUGCGUCUUUCGUAUGCGCCACGGGCUUCUGCGCACUCGGCAUUCCAUCGAGAGGCAGCAGCUCUCCUCCGCUGCCACCUCCGCUGCCACCUCCGCUGCCACCUCCACUAUCGCCUCCUCCUCCUCCAGGGCCACGCUACCACUACGUCAACUACAAGUUGAACUACUACGCCACAACGGCUAUCGCGACGGCGGCCCCGUGUCCACCUGCCGCUCGAUUCCUCGUCUCUCUACACGCACCCACCACCUCCCUACUGCCUACUGCCUCUAGUCGCCCGAACUGCGUGCGUGCAAACACGAGGACGGCUGCCCAACCGGCAAGGCGAUGCUCCUUCGCCGCGGGACGAGUUCAAGAUGCCCGCAGGAAGUUUGUGCAACGUGCAAGCAGGAGAGCAGCCAAGGAAGGACGCAUCGUGCGCUACGUGCGCUACGUGCGCGACGUGCGCGACAGCCGGCGAGAUGGGAGGAACGAUCUGCGCAGUUGGGUCGAUCAGCGUCGGCGCUGGCCGUCGUAGCGACGUCAAGGGUGCUGCUUCGCCACGUGAGUGACCACCGCGUCACGACGACCUUCUCGACUGUCAACGCCUCGACCUUGGUAGGAAGCCUCGGCGUCGCUUCUCCCAUGGCCAAAGACGCCGCGAAGAGUCUCAUGGCGACGCUUAUUAUGUAAUCCUACGAUAAAGCGGACGAAGCGAAUGAAGCGACCAGCAAGUAUUUUCGGAAUGGUCGCGGCGCGUUGUGACGCUGGAAAUCCAACUGCGUUAUUUCAUAUCCUUUCCAUGGUAGUCACUUUUCAUAGACUUACGGGUCUGUUGUUAUUCCCAUGCAUUUCAAGGUAAAAGUAACCGACUUAUAAGUCUAUAAAAAGUGACUACCAUAGAAACAAUAUGAAAUAACAAAGAACGUGCCUAUGUGGAAACGCGUUACGCACAGAGCCAGAGAGGCAAGACUUCCCCUGAAGUCUCUCUCGAAGUCGACAUUUCCGGCACAAGGUUCGCGACCACGUGCCUCGUGUUUACCGUUACGUCCUGCCCGGAAGCUGCGACUCCUGGAGGAAGAUGAAGGUGAAGCGACUUUGCCUCGCUCGUAUUUUGCACCAAACGAAUGACAGUGUUACGUUACAUGAACCUCACGAAAUCUGGUGGAAUUUCAAUGUUCCAGUUCCGGUCGGCACCGGGAUCGGCAGAGGGUGGUGCAACCAUCUUCGAUAGGUGCUGAAUGUCAAAUCCUUCUCCCUUCCCGCCCUCCUCUCUCUCUCUCUCUCUCUCUCUCUCUCUCUCUCUCUCUCUCUCUCCCGCACAGUCUACAACUCGUCGAUCCUACUUGGAAACUUUGAAUGCCGCUUUACAUAAUUUCUCGGCGAAAACACUGGGCCGUGCAGUCACUUCGGAAUUGGGUCCAUUCGGCUCGCAGCCGGAGCUUCGUUAUCGGCGUUCACUGUCCCGAGCUGUUCACCUAAUCGCGCCCGUCACACGGGCACACCGUCCAAGUCUCCCAGUCAGCGGGCGCAGGAGGCUGCGCGAGCGAGCACCGUGUGGAACGGAAGAUCGGGCCGAAGGUGCGACCGAAGACGCCACGUGAAAUGUCGAAACUCUGAGGCUCCGGCAGCUGAGAAGCCGAGAGAAGGAUGUGAAUUUUUGGAGGGAAGUGAAACUCGCUGCGGCCUCAGGAUGGAAUCCGCCGCCACUGCCGCGACGAAUUAGUUGGGGGGGGGAAAGGGGGGAAUCGCGGGAGAAGGCGAGAGGUGAGAGGUUGUUAGUGUCCAGCAGUGUCCAGCAGUGUCCAGCGAGAUUCCGUGAGGGACGGUGGUCUUCCGCGCGAAACGCUCAUCGGGAAUUGCAGAAUGCCCAGGAGACCGGAAACGGGCAGGGACGCCCCUGAACCCCGCGCGCCUCCCCGGAUGAGGCUGCCUCUCGCGUGCUGGGCUGACCUUCCGGCUACAGAAGGGCUACGGUAGAACCUGCACUUUGGAAUCGGGUUAACGCGUGUGAAAGUGCGCAGAACGUGUCAUGGAGCCAAAGUGCACUCGCCCCGGAAAUAGUCCCUCUCGCGCGGGACGCAUCUCGAAGUCCGGCGAUCGUUUUGGGUGUUUGUCCUGUUAUCGACGCCAGUACCGCAGUGGGACUACGAGUGCUACUACUCUCGACGAAGAUGCUGAGCAAGGAUCGUUCCUUCUUGCUGGCAGCAGCAGCAGCAACAGCAGCAGCACCGUAAUCUCUAGUGUAGCUCCUAUGUACUGUGGGAGCAAUGGGUGCGCGGUUAGUCACCCAGAGUUGGCUACAGUGGUGAGACAGUGACGACGUCGGCGGCAGCGAUGUGUGCCUAGUGAUGAGGACGGAGGUGGGGAGGGGCACAUGUUGCAGAUACAAGAUGGCGGCUCAGCGUUCACACGUGAACGUCCUCGCGCACCGUCGAGCGGCGCGGCGAAUUCAGGCAGCACGAGUCGCAGCCGCAGCCGAGACCCGAGACGCUCCGAGACGCUCCUAGAUCAUCGACGCCGGCCGAAGACGCGGCGGCGUCACGUUAUUUCUCCGGACUGGGCGGCUCUGCUUGGCUGAAGGAGAUGCAGUGCCGUCCUCGGUGGGAGAGGCUGAGUCGCCGAGAUCUCGCGGGAGCGUCGAAGCCUACCGGAAGACGUCGCUCCUCCUCGGCGAAUUCCUCGUGGCAAAUGGUCGGUCGGAUUCUGGUGGAGAUCUUCAGGGCUGCCGUGGAUUGUGGGAUCGAGCUAGUCGUCGACGAAAUCAUGAAACCUGUUCGCCUUAUCAUCGACGAUCGAGAGGCCCCCAUCCGCUCGGACUUGGUCGAGCAGCUGCCUCAUGUCGCAAUGAUUUGCCAGGAAGCACCGAACCUCUUCGGCGACGUGCUCACCAGACAUCUUCUGGGGAUCGUCGUUAAAUACCUCAGCGACCCCGACAACCAGGUUCGACAAACGGCCCAGGCGUCUCUUCUGGUUCUGAUGGAACGCGGACUUCUUGAUAAGGAUUACAUCGAGUACGUGGUCUGCCCCGUGGUCCUGAACCUCACGCUCACGCCGGAGGAUUUCCUCACAUCGAACAUCGCUCUCAUGAGCAAGAUGGUGCCGCUCGUCGGAAGGGAGAUCACCGAGAAACUCUUUCUCGACAGAUUCGUGACGCUCUGCUCUGACAACGCCUUCUUCGUGAGGAAAGUCUGCGCCUCGAAUAUCGGGGAAUUCUGCGCCGUCGUCUCCGAGGAAGUCGUCGAGAACGUACUCCUUCCGAGGUUCGUCGCUCUCUGCAGGGACGACGUCUGGGGCGUGAGGAAGGCGUGCGCGGACGUCAUCAUGUCCGUCUCCUUUUACGUCUCCCUCCACCAUCGACAGUUCACCCUCGCUCCGAUAUUCGCCACCCUCCUCAACGACGAGUCCAGGUGGGUCCGGACGUCCGCCUUCCAAAUCCUCGGGCCGUUCAUCUCGACCUUCGCCCAGCAGUUCACUGGUCUUACGUACAAUCAGUAUGGGGAACUGAUAUUCACCAAUCAACAGGGUACCGAGCUCAGGUAUAACGUAAUAUCCUAUUCAGGCUCCUCCGAAGUGUCCUUUAACAAAUCCGUGAUAUACACCGAGAUGCUGAAUCAACCCUACAACGAGGACGAGGACGAGUCUCAGGAUAACGUCCGGCAAACUGUGAUAAUACAAAGCAAGUCCAAUCCUGCCAACGAGUCGACUGCCAGCAAUGUAAAUAAGGAAAACGAGCCAGUGCAGGACACUGGCAGCUCCGUCAACGAGGAAGCCAGGGCGAACGAGAUUAAGCAGGAGAAGUCGAACGAGGCCGAAACCCUCGAGGAUGUCGACAAGUUCAACCCAUUCCUCUAUUAUUAUAUUUCGCCCGAUCUGCCACUCGAUCAGAAACUCGUCGGAUCGGAAGGCUCCGCUAGUAAAUCUCAGGAUAAUUUCGAAGCCACUCGGGAGAAGGUGGCCUCCAGCGCGGAUAACGAGUUUCAUCGAAGCGCUUCCAUUUCCGAAGGGACUAAUGAGAACACGGAGACUCUCUUAAAUUACGAGAAUAAGAAUGAGAAUCAGUGCGAAGACAAGCAGGAAAACGAGAAGGAAGACGAAAGUGAGAAUGAUACCGGAAAUAGUUCCGUAAGUAUACAGAAUACGUCAGAACUGUUGAACGACACGGUGAGUGUCAGCAACGCCUCCGCGGACAAGAACGCUGCGUGGCUGAACGAGAAGGGCGAGAGGAUUGCUUCGGGAAACUUCACCUAUCAGAGCAUCGUGCCCCAAGUGCUGAUUGACUACUUCGUUUCGAUGAGCGAACCCAAUCAGAUGAUCGAGGUUGGCGCCGAGAUUCCGCAUCACUGUGCCUUCAGUUUCCCGGCAGUGGCUCUGACCCUCGGCAAGAAGAACUGGCCGCUGCUGAAGAACGCUUACCAGGGCCUAGCUAGCGCGAUGCAGUGGAAGGUCAGACGCACCUUGGCCUCCAGCAUUCAUGAGAUCGCUAUGAUUCUCGGGGAGGAUCUUGCAUCGAGAGAUCUCGUGCCGAUUUACGAUGGCUUCAUAAAGGACCUCGACGAGGUCAGAAUAGGCGCCCUCAAGCAUCUCGCGACUUUCCUUAAGGUUCUUGGUCCGAUCGAACGAUACGAAUACCUGCCGAGGCUCAACGAUUUUCUCGUGACAGACAACGAGUGGAACUGGAGAUUUCGAGAGGAGCUUGCUACUCAGCUGCUGGAGGCUGUUACUCUUUACAGUCCUCUGCACGUGUCGAGGCACAUCGCUCCGCUUUCCGUCCAUCUUCUGGUCGACAAGAUUGCCGCUGUCAGACACGUGGCACUUGCUUUGGUUACUCAAAUAAUCUCUCAUCUGGCUGCCGAGGAAGCCCUGGUGACUGCUCUGAUUCGGGAACUCGGGGACAUGUUGGCCGCGCAUUCCGAUAAAUGGACGCGCAGGCAAACGUAUGCUCUUCUGUGUUCUCAUCUGAUCAGCAGCGGGGCGAUUACCGGCGAGAGAUUCGCCAGGGAGAUGUUACCCUUCCUGCUGAAUCUCUCCUGGGACAGGGUACCGAACGUCAGAUUGGCCGUGGCGAGGACUUUGGCCAGGAACGUGGCCACUAUGAGUCCUGAAUGGCUGGGCGCCGAGCAGGCCGAAGAAGUCGAGAAGAAGCUGAAGGAAAUGCAAAAGGACCUCGACCGCGACGUCAGGGAGCUGGCAAGCUUGGCAAGAGGUCAAUAGCACUCGGAUAAGGGGACAAUCCCCUACCUAGGUUGGGCCCGGCAUUUGCCAGGACUUCUCGCGUAACACCCGAUGCAACUAGUGGCAACGUGCUUUGGUCUCUGCGAGUUCGACUGCCGACUUCCUGAAAGAGGAUAGCGAAUUCGCCGAACGGCUGUACGAUUGAAAGUUAUCGAUCGAUACGACACGUCAGCCUCCCACUCCGCACUCCUCACUGCUCCCAGCGCGUAGUCCUUCGUCCUGCCUCCCUCGCCUCCCAGCCCCAUCCUUCUUCUUCCCUUCAAAACUCUUUCCCGACUGUCCUACUCGUAUCUCCUAACUCCGCAGAUGCUCACGUUUCCAAAAUAGUUUUACGCAGCGACUGAACAGUUUUUAUUGGUAUUUCUAUCCGACAUCCUUAAGUGGCAAAGUCGAGAAUAUCGCGAGCAAUCUGGCUCAACCGAUGGAGUAUACUAUUCGUGCUUUACAAAAUCUGUUGCCGGGGCACAGUGAUCUUUCGCAGGCCGAGUAUCGCGCUAAUUCUUCCACUAGUCCGGCACGCUCACUGGGGGAUAUAUUUAAAACGAGAAAAGCCAAAAAAUGUUGUACCUAGUUGCAGUCACGGGCGAAAGACGGGCGAGGAUGGCGAUGUUGGCGCAAGCGACUCCGAAAAGAAGGAACGUCCCACGUUACGCGUCGAUCGAAUAUCACAAGGACGAAAUAUGGAUAAGCUCAAGUUUUACGCAUAUAUAUGUAUACAUAUGUAUAUAGGCAUAUCAUUAUUUAUACAUAUGUAUAUAUGCAUAUGUAGACAUACAUAUAUAUGUAUAUAUACACUACUUACGACGUAGUAGAUAAUUAAUGGGGAUUUUUGUUACCGGUAGUCUGGAAUGAUUUUUGUGAGAUAGCUUUUAAGCAUCCGAGAAACAGAUUUUGGAAUUUUCGAGCGGCCGACACCGCGACAAGAUCAAAAGACAGCGCUUACAAUGCUCUCAAGUGAAGCUUCUCUUUCUGGAGCCGUAGACUGUUAGGAUACUACGCGGCCGAUCCUCAACGUUUCUCCUAAAUGAGACCUUCUUAGGCUGAGAUGACUAUUAUUUAGAAUUUAGAUAGCAAGGCGCUUCGCCGGACGUCACGUUUUCAAAGGCCCUCACAACACUUUAUCCAAAAUAGCAAUCGCGAGAAAAAAAGACUCUUGUCGUAUGCCAGCCACGAUAUAAAAAUAUACACGCGCAUGCGUACAUUCGUACGUACAUAAAUAAUUGCAUACUUACAUGCAAAGGGUGGAUUAAUGUCGUACGCCUAAAUUUCUUAAUUUUUAAGUAUAUCUUGUAUCAAUCGUUGGUUUUACUACUAUUACUACUACUGCGCCAAUUUUUGUAAUAAUAUUAAGUAAGUAACGAUAAGGACGUCGUGCGGCGGAAAAAAGUGUUGGGCACUGCUGUAUAAAUAAUGUACAAUACGAAAUUAGGAAACGAACACGCAAAAAUACCGAAGACAUAACACGCGCGCGCGCGCGCGCACACACACAAAAGCGAAACUCGUAAAUACGCUAUCUUACAGAGAGACGCGCACGCAGUCGUCAAAAAAAAAAUGAAAGAGAAAAGAAUGAUGUGGCUGCAUUUUGACAUUUUGACAUUUGGAUAUUUGGAUAUUUGGAUAUUUAGACAUCGACCGGCAGAACCAUUUAUAAUACCAUAUGUCACCAGCAACUAUCAAUUAUACAUACUAAUAUCUACUAGCUACUUACUGCGUUACUACUAUCCUCGAUAACCGGAAACAAUGAUUCAUACGAUAAGUGCUAAUGCGUUGCUGAAGCGAAACGAUCAUUCAGGCGAGAUAUACACCGUUACUUUACAUAUUUCCUUUUUUUUUUUUUUCUUCCGUUCCCAUUUCUUUUCCUACCACUUAUUCCGCGCGCAGAGCUCUGUUGUGAAUAUUGCAAAUGGUAUCCUACGAAACUACUCUGUAUUAUAUAUAUUAUGUAUUUGGUAAUGAAUCUAGGAACGAAAUAAACGUCAAGCAAUUUGUUACACGA